GAGCAAGAAAAAAGGGGCUGGUGGUGGAAUAGCGGGGAGUGGGAGACAACAGGGGGAAUUACACUUUAAAGAAGGCGUACCGGGGAGAGGAAGGACCGCACGGAGCUCUGGACAUCCCCUCCGCUGCUCCCCCCAGACAGCAGAUCGGCAGACGCGACACCGUCCACCCCGGACCCCAUGGGGUAACAGCAGAUCUUUGGAGAGGCUUUUGUUCAGGUACACAGAUGAACAACAGGAAGGAGGACAUGGAGAUCUCCUCUCACUACCGUCAGCUCCUGCGAGAGCUCAACGAGCAGAGGCAGCACGGCAUCCUCUGCGACGCCUGUGUUAUUGUGGACGGCAAGAUCUUCAAGGCCCAUAAGAACGUACUCCUGGGUUCUUCUCGCUACUUCAAAACGCUCUACUGCCAGGUAAAAAAGGGUGCAGAGCCACAUCACCAGACCACUGUUACUCAUCUGGAUAUUGUCACUGCAACAGGCUUCAAAGCCAUCCUGGACUUCAUGUACUCAGCGCACCUGGCGCUCACCAGUAAGAACGUGAUAGAGGUCAUGUCUGCCGCCAGCUACCUGCAGAUGACUGACAUUGUCCAGGCCUGUCACAGCUUUAUCAAAGCAGCGCUGGACAUUAGCAUUCGAACCGAGAUGGCGGACGAGCUAGCCGAUUUUGAAAUGGGAGCUGUCACGGCAACAGGUGUGCCGGGAGGAGUGGGUAUAACUGGGGCAGGAGCUGUUGCUGGGAUGGGUCUCAGCGGGGGAAUUGUUGGGAUGGCGUCUGAAGCGCUGGCCUCUAUCAUGUCUGGUCGCAGCACCUCCCCUUGGUUAGCGCGUCGCACCAGCCCAGCUAACUCUUCCGGUGACUCCGCCAUCGCUAGUUGCCAUGAAGGUGGUAGCACAUAUGGGAAGGAAGACCAGGAACCCCCCAAGAGCCACGAGAGCCAGGAGGAGGCCUGCCAUGACUCCCAGCCUGCUUGGCCUCAUGACUACAGACCUGUCACUGUCAAAGAGGAGCAAGUUUCCCCAGCAUCUUCCUCUCACCCGAGGGACACUCCUAGAGGGGCCGCCCAGAGUCAAGGCGAACAAGGUGCCAGUGGAGGAAACUCAGGAGGAGACGGGCCACUGCAACCCAUGUCAGGGUCAGGGAGGAGGAAGAAUAGAAAGAACAAAGACACAGUCAGACAUAUUACCCAGCAAGCUGAGAAGAAUUGGGACAGAGAGCGUGACAGAGACAGCAGACCGGGAUCUCCACUGCCUUCCAUGCUCGCUGUGGCUGGGUGGAACUACAAUGGACAGGAUAUUCCAGGGGCAGACGUGACGGAACCCAACAGCUCAGACAGCCGCGGCGAACGCCUGGACUUCUUCCUCAAACAGGAAGAGUCUCUUGCCACAGAGCCGGGUUUCAUGGGUCAGAAUGAAUCAGAGGAGGCUGGAGCCGGAGGCGGGACCAUUUCAUCGGUGGCCAAUCUGAAGGCAGCACUGAUGAGCAAAAACAGCCUGUUGUCCCUGCGGGCUGAGAUGAUGGGCGAUGAUAACCCCCUGCUGUACGAGUACCUGCCAAAAGGAGGACACUCCCUGUCUUGGCUGCGCUCCAGCAACUACUCCAGCACGGUCCGGCCAGGGGCCAUGGGGGCCACUAUUCAAAACAAACAGGGGGCUGGCUCUUCUCCUCCUCUUCCUCUUCUUCCUUCUCAUCUUCCGCCAUCACCACCACCACCUCAGCCACCAACGACUUUAACAUCAUACUGCCCACCCACUCCGCCCACUCCACUACACCCUACCGCUGAACCUCGGCCCCUAGAGGCCCCCGGGCUACGGGCCAGAGCGCCUGUACUGCAGUCAGAAGGGAUGGACAUGGAAGUGGACGAGCCACCUGAGGGAUUGGAGCCCUCCACCUCUCCUGAGGACAUCAGAAAGGGGAGCGAAGACAUAUGCAGAACAGCUUUGGAAGGUGACCAGGCUCCUGUCGAGAGGGAUCAGAUGGCCGAAGGGUGUUGUGCUGGUGGCCUGACUACGCCUGCCUUAGUUUUUAAUGCUGACAGAGGGAGUGAGGAACUGGUGGCGCUGGUAAACGACUUCACAGUGAUCCGGAAAAAGUUCAAGUGCCCCUACUGCAGUUUUUCCGCUAUGCACCAGUGCAUCUUGAAGAGGCACAUGCGCUCCCACACGGGCGAGCGUCCUUACCCCUGUGACAUUUGUGGCAAGAAAUUCACCAGAAGGGAGCACAUGAAGAGGCACACGCUGGUUCACAGCAAAGAUAAAAAGUAUGUGUGCAAAGUCUGCAGCCGCGUCUUCAUGUCAGCCGCCAGCGUCGGAAUCAAACAUGGCUCUCGUCGCCACGGUGUCUGUGCCGACUGCUCGGGCCGCGGCAUGGCGGCGCUGCUUGACCACAAUGGCGAAGUGGGAGGAGACAUAUCCCCUGAGGAGGAACUCUACCCAGGUGACCGUUUCCACGAUGACCAGGCAGAGUGCGACGGAGACGCAGAAGAAGAGAUGAUGGUGGAAGGAGAUGGGGAGAUGAUCGGCGAAGGGGAAGAAGAAGGAGGGAAAUGGAAAGACUCGGGGGCAGAGAGACAUAGACCUCUGGACAAUGAGAAAGAGGAGAGUGACUCCUCGGUACAGGAGGGGGAGCAGCAGAACGGGAGUGAGAGGGACUUUGCUUGGAUCUCUUAGAAUCUCUCUGGCUCCUCUCUGUGGUUCAACAAUCUGAAGAUCUGUGAAGAUCCAAGAGGCUUCUGGCUUCUUCACGCUUGUCCCUGACGACUGGGGCAACGCUGACGGGUUUUGCGCGACAAUGAUCUGAAACCAUUUCAACUCACACGGACAACCCUGACUGCCAUAGAAACGAAGUACCUCCUCCAUGUCUGAUAAAGUGUUUUUUCUUUUUUUGAGGAUGCAGGCCAAGUUCCGGUAGUUUCUGUUACAACACCAAUCAACAGGGACACUGCCGAGGAUACGGCAGACGCUGCGGCUACUGUAUGUUCACCAGUCACCAUGGAAACCGAGCAGCAGUGACGAUUCAGAAGAAGACCUGUGGUCACAUUUUGGCGGUCAUGUUUCGGGGCGUCACUACAAAUGAAGGGAAAAUCUAUUGCAAAUCUAGACUUGUGUCGGAGGAGACGACAGCUCAACGGCACAUUGUUGAUGCAGAGUUCUACUGCCACAGACGUGCACUUUAUCAAAGCCCUGAACCCACUGGUUUACAUUUUGAUCUUUGCUUAUCUAACAACUCGGUGACCGCACCUACCUUUAAGGAUAAUGUCUUGACUGUUAGAGAGAAAUCACUGAAUCUUUGUGCAAGUUGCUGUUUAUAUGCCUUCAGUCGGGUCCAUCAAAAGCUUUUUUUUUUUCGGUUCAACUGAAAAUAUCAGAUGUACAUACGGCUCUGGACAUUUACUCAAGAGAUUCAAACCCCUUUUUCACCCGUGAAAUAUCAACAAUGAAUCCACAUGACUUAAUCUUUUGUCUCUUGAGUUGUGACGAUUGGACCUGAGAGCGGAGUCUCUCACACCUUGAGGGGAGAGGGAAGCUGCCUUUGCUCUGAAACACAAGUCUGUGUUUUCCUCUUUUCCUCAUACCGUGUACAUUUCUGAACACACAAUAUGCAGAAACGCUUUUACUUUUGGUGACGUUUUCUUUGGCUUUGUAAGAAAAUAAUCAAAAAAACGUGCUUGAAAAUUUGGUAUUGAGAGUGUAAUUUGUUUUGCUAUUUAUUGACAACUUUUUUGUGGUGUUUUUAAAAAGUCGUUCCCUCCUGACUACUUCUGUGUGCUCGGUGAGGCGGGAUGGGUGUGCAGGAAUGUUUAAAAAAUGUCUAUAUUGGUUCACAAAUCCUUCUUUUCAGAGUGAGACGGAUGACUCGACUUAUUAUAAUUAUUGAAAUUAUGAUUAUUGUUGUUGAUGUUAUGGUUAUUAAUUAUUCUUAAGUGCUGGAUGCUAAGCUUUAUUGUGCGUGUGUUUUAUAUUUUAUAUCUUGUAUAAGAAAAAAAAGAGCUUUUAUACUUUGCCUUGUUGUGGACAGCAAGCCAUGGGGCUUUUUAAUCAACUUUUCUUGUGCCAGUUUACGCUUUUCUUCUGUUAUACUUUUCUUUAUGUGCCACUGGGGAGUACAAAUUCAUUGUCAAAACUUAAAUGACCAACCUAUAUUCAGCACAUGCUUUUGCAUCACUAAUCGACGACCAAAAAAAUAAUCUUGUACAUGAAGUGCUUUUGUUCCAGUUUCUGUGUGCAGGUGCUGGUGGGUUUAAUGUGUUCUUUUCUUUAAAAUGAAUUGGAUUUCACCAUUUUAAGUGAGUGCACGUAACCGGUGUUGUCGAUAUGAAGGGCUGUGUUGAUGUGCUUAGGCUGGCUUUACUGCUUCACUUGGAAUGGUCUGUCAAACACCAGUUGUUCAAAACAAUCACAGGGAUUCGCCAUUAUAUGAUCUGGAUCAUGGCACACGACACGACUUUAAAGAAAUAAUCCGAAUAAGUUAAACGUUUAGAACAGUAUUUGUAGUAGCAGCGUCAUCAAAACUAUGUCUCUAAUUCACGACCAUUGCUGGUCUACAUGUGGUUACAAGAGGAUCCACUAAUGUUAGGAGUAAACAUAUAUAUAAUCUGAAAAUUCGCGUUGAGAUCAAUCAAACUUUGCAAGCAGCGCAGGUUUCCGCAAAAGUCUUUCACUAACAAUUAGCGCCAGACUGGUUCGCCCAUGCAUGCGCUAGUUCACCCGCCAUUUUGACUACGGCAACUCACGUAGUACUGAUCACUCAUCUUUUGUUUAGUUUCUUAAAUUUGAGUUUUUUAAAGUUUAAGUUAAUUUAAAUCAAAACAACGUCGCAUAUCGGUUGAUAUGUGGUAUUCGAAUUGCCAUGGAGGAUGUCAUUAGCAACAAACGUCUGAAUAACUGAUAUUUUCCUCCUGACAUCAAGUCAAAAAACGUGGAGAGAGAGAAUAAAUAUAUAAUAGUUUGGUAAAGUACAGUGUAAAUUGUGACUUGUUAUUUAUUAGUAACUAUUUACAAAGUAAGAAAGUUAGCAUUUGCGUGUGAUAUACCAUGAAAGACAAAUUUUUACCUACAUGUUACAUAAAGAUAACAUUUAAAAAUAUUUUAAAUGAUCAGCUGAUGUCACACAAUUUACAGACCUUUAAAAGUCGUGUGGUGCUGAUGAUCCAACAUUAAAAUGCUGCAAUUGAAUUUACACGAAGGGAAGUCAGGUUUUGUUGCUUUUGCUUUUCUGGUGCCGUGGACUGCACAUUCCUCUCUGCUCUGUUCUGUUUGUGCAUUUAUUUAUUGUGCAUUUGUCCCCUUUAUUAAGUGGUGGUGUUAUGUGGCUUAAAAUUCAAGUUGUGGGUCAAAUUACUAUGAAUGUUAAAGAUGGGGGAAGGAAGUUGCCCGAAAUCAGUGAGAAAACAUGGACCUGAUUCUCAGUGUGAGCAUGUGUGUGUGUGUGUGUGUGUGCAACCCUGCACUCUCCUCAUGACCUGUACUGUACGUCUUCUUCCUCACGCCGGGUUUUAACUUCAGGAAAACGUCUGCCAUCUAAACCCCCCGAUAUGUGCCUCGAUGACAUCUGACAUGUGCGUGUGUGUGAGCACGCCCGCUCCAGAGCUAAAAUGCAAAAAUAAAGUUUGAGAUGACAAAUCAUGACGGGCGAUUUUUGGAUUCUCCUCCCCCACCGUGUGUCCUUGACCUCUCGUGCCCUUUGGUCUCGACUGCAUGUCCGUGUUCAUUUUGUCAAACCAAAGCGACGUCUUCGGCAUCUGCACACAACCUUUUAAUUCCACGUGAUGCAAAACUGGAACUGUUUUCUCUCCUGCAGAUGAUUAUGGGUAUUCAAAUGUACAAACUGAAAAUCCUCCUUUAGCCUGUACAGCUUUUCAAGUGCAAAUCAUGAAGCCAUAGAUAUGGGUAUAUCUGUAUGAUACUAUAUUUCAAAUUCGCCGCGUCUUACUUAAGAUUUUGUUCGACUAUUAAGAGUGAUGUGUGUAUACCUUCAUAUAUAUGAAUUUAUAUUAUAUAUUAUUUAUUUUCUCUCCAGCUUCAGAGGGUCUUUGAUUUGUGAAAAGGUCAAACCUGAAGCUGCUUUUCAUUGGGAAUCUUGUUCAAUAUGACUUUAUAUGGAUGAUUAUCAUAAACCUGUGUUUGUAACAAAAAGUGUUUAAAUAAUGAAAAAAAAAUUGUCCUGUUCUUUUCAAAUGUUCGAGAUAAGUGCUCUUGUGCUAUUUUUUUUUCCCGGGGUGACACUAUGGAAUAUUUUUACAGUCAACCAUGAGCCUCCUGUUUUCGAUGUUUGGAUCAGGCCCCGCCGCCAUGCAAGCCUCUUUGCGAGGUCAUGUUUAGUGGACGAAUUAGCUUGAAUAUUAUUUGCUACAACCAAUCAGUCUCAAUAAAAAAAAAUGCUGCUGUAAGAACUGUUUCACUGAAUGCGUAGUUUCCUGUUGUCGUAAGCGAAGAAGAGAGUGCAGACAGGGCGGAUGUUCUUCCUUUUAUUUUCACAUCGAUCGCAUUAUCAGCAUCACAAAUGGUCAUUCAUCUCCUGGAGCAUGACAUUCACACAGACUCCGUAAGUGCACCGCUCCGAAAAAGUACUUCCUCCAUCAGCUGAUGAAGACCAGAGACUUGAGUCCACAUGGAGAAAAUCUUGACGCCCCCGCCCCCUUCAGGCAAUCGCCUGCUCACAGAGGGGAGGGGGGUUCAUGAACACAAAACCCUUCAGUGUUGUAUUUCUUAACAAAGCAAUGAGAAAUAAAAAGCGAUGCUGGACAUGCAGGAUGACCUCGCAAAGCUGAUCCGAGGUGCCGUAAAAGAAAAAGAAUUGGCUUGGACGUUACAAUACAGUAGAAGAAGCGUAAAGUCGAGUGGAGCUGCCGUCGCAAUGCUUUAGAUUUUGAGAGGAAACAAAGGAUCUAUUGGCUUUCUGCUGCUGGUUUACAUGAAAACUGACAUUCAAACAAAAAGCAGCAUGGGUUUCGACAUAUUUGGAAAAUACACAGAGGCUUUUUAUGCACAUUUCAAGGGUUUUUGUUAGCUUAAUAUACUGGGUGAAAGCUUGACGUUAAAGCUGGAGAAUUUUAGUGGAGAAGAGAGACACCUGGAAUGUGCCCAGCAAGACGGGAAGUCACCCCGUCUUAAAAACAACUCGACGACAUUCGGGGAAAUUUCCAUUUGGCAGAGACAAAGGCAGGGAGCAAUACUGCGUGGUGGGAGUCAAUGAGGGUUUUUUGUGGGGGGAUAUAUCUGAUUAAGCCAGGAUAUUAAACAGUUUUUUUCUUUUACAUUCAACAGUUUCUCCCCUUCUUGCCUCCAAGCUACAAUAAACACCGAUCUUCCAAAAACAUUUCUAGUAAAAAAGGAAAAAAAAUGCAAAUACAUGAAGAAAAAGCCUCAAAAUUCUCUUGCAUAUUUACAAACAAGCCCUGAAACUGUGAGCCCAUCCGCGUCACGCCAGCUUUGUACCUUCCUACCACUCACCUUUGACCUCACCGGCCACUUUUAGUGCAAGACAGAAUGAUGGAAUAGUCGCCGUCAAACUGAGUGUGUGCCGCAGUUCGGAAAAAGGUUUCACCUCCAAUCUAGAAAAGUGCUCGCAAGGACGAUGGGAGUCAGAUCGAAACAUAAACUCAAAUGGGAAGCGUUUCAAUGGACAGUUGCUGUACAGAGAAUCUAGGCCUCACAAACAAGCUGGUGUUUAUGACUUAAUAAAAGAACUCAUUUACAACAGAAAAAAAAGUUGUUUUAGGAGCUUUAUAGAAGCACCAAGAUCAUACAGGGCCCUGCUCAACUCUAAAGUUUGAUAUCUCCAGUGUUGAAGCAGUGUUGUAUUGACUCAGGAAAGCGAUUAAAAAAACAAAACAAAAAAAA